GAUAACCUGACGUGCUCCUACCUUGAAUGAUUCGAAGUCGAACUUCUUGCCAAAGUUGAACGAACCGUGCCUCCAUGCGCUUAUAACCCUCAAUACCGGACGCCUCGUCCCAUACACAACCAUUACGGUCGCUGGCAUGCCCGCACUUCUCUUCCGCCUGCGUAGUCCCAUUCUCCACCUCCCGCGGGCCAGUCGCCCUCCACCAUGUAUAGCACAUAUUCGGAGAUAUCCCUCCAUAAUACAGCAGACACGAUGCUACGCUCACCAACCGCAAAACCCACACCUCGGCACAACCACUCCCGUUCCCGAUGACGCACCGCCGCCUACUCCAAAGUCGCCCUUCUACUUCGAAGCGGGAUAUGCACUAUUUGCAAAGCGGCCCAGUCGACCGUUUCCUCCGCCAUUCCUCUCACGGCCUUCGACCAGUUUCUCGGAGCCGCUGAGCACGCACCAUAAGAGCAGAGACCGGCGACCGAAAGUCAAUGGAGAGAUGAUAAGAGGGGUUACAAAUGGCGACGACGCAGUUCUAGUCAGCGACUACUUUGUUGGCGCAAACGAUGGAGUAGGAGCAUGGGCUACUCGGAAACGAGGACAUGCCGCGCUAUGGUCACGGCUAAUCCUGCACUUCUGGUCUCUCGAAGUCGAAUCCGCCCCCUUCUCGCCCACCUCCCCACCGUCACCCAUCACGUACCUCCAAACCGCCUUCGAGAAGACCAAAAUUGCGACCUCAAAACCCAACGAAUGGCACGGCACAACAACCGCCUGCGGCGCCCUUCUCAGCGCAAACUCCAACGAUCAGCCACUGCUCUAUGUGACGCAAAUCGGCGACGGCCAGAUCCUCAUCAUCCGCCCCAGCAGCCGCGAAGUAAUAUUCCGCACCGAAGAGCAAUGGCACUGGUUCGAUUGUCCACGACAGUUGGGCACAAACUCGCCAGACACACCGAACGACAACGCAGUACUCGACACGAUCGAGAUCCUCGAGGACGACGUUGUGCUCGCGAUGACGGAUGGGGUGGUGGAUAAUCUGUGGGAGCACGAGGUUGUCACGAAUGUGUGCGAGAGCAUGGAGAAGUGGAGGAGCGAGGGUGUGAGGGAGGCAGAAGGAAAGGAAGUAGGAGAAGAGGGGAAAGACGAUCAGGAGCAGAGUUAUGCGGAUGGGAUGCGGUAUGUUGCGCAGAGGCUGGUGAAUGCGGCAAGGGAGAUUGCUGAAGAUCCGUUCGCUGAGAGUCCGUACAUGGAGAAGGCUAUUGAUGAGGGGCUGAGUAUUGAAGGAGGCAAGCUUGACGAUAUCAGCGUGGUAGCUGCUCAGUGCAAGAGGCGCAAAGGCUGAAGCACUAGUUAUGUGUUAAGCACACAAACGAUCACAGGGCCUUUUGAACAAGCAACCGACAGCGAAAAUAGUUUCGAGGGUCGGAGCGGCUCACAUACACCGCUGCGAACGGCGCUGCUUACGGCGAUGAUGCAGCAUUCCAAGCGCCCGGCACCCGUGCUCAGGAGUCAGCGGGUUCCUUCAUCACAAGAGUCAGGUCCAUGAAGAUAUCCACGAGCUACACGAGAGGGUCUAUGAAGACUCUGGAUGACUUGGUAUAGACGAACUAUGGUACAAGCGCGUAUUGAGCAGGUCUAGUAAUUUGAGGCGCACAUGGGGGAUAUGGUUGGAUGGUUGAAACAUUGCGCGGAUAAUGGAGAAUGUCAGCUCUACGGGCGCCAAAUCGCAUCUCGGCGCUUUACAUGUGUGCCUUGGGUUGCUCUCAAAGUCUUAAUGAUGAAAUGGUAUACCGAC